UGCGCAGGAGAUGUUCCGCAAGGCCAAGGAAGUAAAGCUGGAUGGCUCGGGGCCGACGCCCAGCGUGGGGGCUGUCACGGCCAUGACGGUUAGCCCUUCCGAGGAAACCGUCGCCAUAGCUACUGGAGGCAACCAGCUGCUGACGUUUUCACUGAGCCCCACGGACCUUAUCAAGGCGGAAGACAGUGCAGUGGAGCACGCUUUGACGUCGUUUCACUCUGGUCCAAUCUUCGGCCUGGAUGUGUGCGUGCGCAAGCCGCUGGUUGUCACCUGCGGCACCGACAAAACAGUUCGGAUCUGGAAUUUUGUCGACAAGACGCUGGAGCUAUGCAAAGUCUUCAACGAGGAAGCCUUUUCAGUCGCCUUCCACCCAAGCGGGUUUCACUUGAUCGUGGGCUUUGCAGACAAAGUGCGUUUGAUGAACCUGCUCAUGGAGGAUUUCAGAACCUACAAAGAGAUUCCAAUCAAGGCUUGCCGCGAGUGCCGCUUUAGCCAUGGCGGGCAGUUCUUUGCAGCAGUGAAUUCAAACACCAUCCAGGUGUACAAGACCUACACCUGCGAGGUAGUUUGCAAUUUGCGUGGUCAUCAGUCCAAGGUGAAGGCAGUGUGCUGGACCACAGAUGACUUCAAGCUAGUGUCCACUGGGCAAGAUGGAGCCACCUAUGAGUAUGACAUCCUCAAAGAAGGCCGCCGAGUAUCUGAAUGGUCGCAGAAAGGCACCAACUUCACCAGCAUCAUUGCAUACACAAACCCUGAAGCUGCACAGCAGUCGACGACGCUGUUUGUAGCGGGAUCUGACAAGAUGCUGAAGGAGGUGCAGAACUCGCAGCUGAACAAUUACUUGGAGUCCAACGCCACUCUGGGACAGCUGGCGCUUGCGCCAACUGCACGUGCGCUAAUCGCAGGAGUGGCCGAGCCAGACAUGCCGGGCUCCUUGCGCUGCUACACCUUUCCCUUGACUGGGGACUACGUGGAGUACCAGGCACACGCGGCUCCUGUCUCCCGGAUCCGGAUCGCAUGGGAUGAGCUGUACUUGUUCAGCACCGGCGACGACGGCUGCCUUUGCAUCUUCGACAUUAAGAAAACGGGACCCUGCAAACGAGACAAGGACUCGGGCCUUGGAUAUGCCGACGAGAUCCUGGUGACGCGGCAAUUCCUGGACGAGAAGCAAGCCGUGCUGCUGGAGUUGGAGCGGAAGGUUGAGGAGUUGGACAGCCGCAUCGCCUUCCAGCUGAGACACCGGGACGGCCUCCACAAGGAGAAGAUGGCGGAGAUGCAGGAGAAGUACAGCGAAGAGAUUGAGACGGAGCGGAGGAAGUUCGAGGUGCUUCGGGAGGAGAAGGCGGAAAUGGAGAUGGAGAAUGAAGAGCAUAUCAAGACUCUGGAAGAGAGCCACGCAAGGUACCUCCAGGGGCAGCAAGAGUCCUUUGACCAGAAGAUGAUUGUUGAGGAUCAACGUUACAAGAAGCUCGAGGCGGAUUUGGAGCGCGAAAAGCAGGAAUGGGAAGCUCAACACUCGGCUCUCUUGACAGAGCAUGCGGGCGUCAUUGAGCAGAUGAAGCAAGAUGCCGAGAAGAUCCAGAGGGUGAACAGAGAGACCAUGGACAGGAUCAUCAAGGAAAAGGAAAUGGCUUUCAAGCACCAUCAGGAGACACUGGCACAGCUGGAGCAAGAUGCCGAUAGAGAGAUUGAAGAGCUGAAAGAGAUGUAUGAGCAGAAGCUGGCACAGGAAAAGGAUGACAAAGUCAGACUCCGUGGUCAAGCGGGCAUCCACCAAAAGCACCACCAUGACCUGAACACAGAGAUGAUGAAAAAAGAAGAGGAGGUCAAAACGAAGGCUGAAGAGAGCCGAAAGGCGGAAGAGAAGAUCCAAGGAUUGGUAAAGGACAAAGACUCCAACGAGAAGGAGAUCAAAGAGCGCGACAAGACCAUCGCUGACAAGGAGCAGAGAAUUUUCGACCUCAAGAAGCAGAAUCAGGAGUUGGAGAAGUUCCGCUUCGUGCUGGACUACAAGAUCCGGGAGCUCAAAGCGCAGAUCGAUCCAAAGACCGCAGACAUUGCCUCGAUGAAGACUCAGACGCAGGCCAUGGAAGACGAGCUCAAUGACUACAAGCGCAAAAACAAGCAGCUCGCACUUCAGAUCUCCCAGCUGCAGAUGAAGCAGCGAGCACUGCAAGAGGAGAUCAAAGCACAAAAGAGGAAGCUUCGAGACGACUUGGCCCUCAUCAAGCGCUUCAAGCUCGAUUUGAGCGAUUGCAUGGAGACCAUUGCCGAGCCCAAGGCCUUGAAGGAGAGCGUCACGGCGCUCUACCGGAAGUAUGUCCAGGGCGGCGCCAAGAGACAGGACUUGGAUACGGACAUGCAGAAGGAGUACAACAGGCAGCGCGACUAUUUGGAGAAGUCCGUAGAUUCCCUGAAGCGGAAGCUGGAGAAGGAUAGCCAGGCCCACCGCAUCGACAACAUGCGGAUUAUGCAGGAGAACGUGUCCCUGAUACGAGAGAUCAAUGACCUACGGCGCGAGAUCAACAACCUGAAGCAUGAGCGACAAGCGCAGGAGCUGGCAAAUAUGGGCAGCAUGCAGAGCAACCGAGCCGACUUGGAGCGGGAGCUGGACAUGCAGAAGGAGGAGAUGGAGGAGCUCACCAAGCAGCUGAAGGAUUUGGAGCAGUGACAUGUGCAACCGGCAAGGGCGCUCGUGGCACAGUAGACCAAUCUUGAGAACCACAGCGCCUUUCCCAAUACACGUGAGCCGCGGCGUGCUUGCCGACCCGAUCCAAGAGUGUCAGGGCAAAAAAAAUUGCCCGCCUUCAAGGAAGGCUCACGCGGCGAUUCGAGCGUUUCACUUUCAGUUUCACCCCGAUGCCACUCGAAUGAUUAGAU